UGCGCGGGGGAAGGCAGCGACCAGUCAGUCAGUCAUUCCCGCCCCGACUGAGCUGCCAGACGGUUGCGUCAGCUUCACACAUCUCGCCCACGUCCACUUUCACGCCACUUUCAAGCACAAUCUCCCCUCCCCUCCGUCCCUCACUUCUUCCCUCCCCGUGGAUUUAACGCAUCAGGUGGAGAGAAGAACACUGGCGGAACCUCCGCCUCAUGUGAGCACGAGACACAAGACACAAAACACGAGAAGAAGAAGAAGAAGCGCGAUGGGAACCUUCAGGGUACUGCUGGGGACUUUGCACUACGUGGGACUGUGCGUGUCCACCCGGCACACGGGACACGGACACGCGGAGAACCACAUCAGCGGACACGCCAUGUUCACGGAGGUGCCUCAUGAUACGACCGCUCAGAGGGGUCAAGAUGUGGAGAUGGCCUGCUCGUUCAGGGGGGCCGGCAUGCCCUCCUACUCUCUCGAGAUCCAGUGGUGGUACAUCCGGAACCAUAUGGACUGGACAGACAGACAGCCGUGGAAAACCAAUGAGGUAUCUCCGGAGGAGGAGAUGCCAAAGGAUGCUACAAAGAUAAGCGUAGUGAAGGUUGUGGGAAGUAACAUCUCCCACAAGCUCCGCCUCUCCCGCGUCAAGUCAUCCGACGAGGGCACUUACGAAUGUCGAGUCAUCGACUUCAGUGACGGAGAAGGGGCGCGCCACCACCGCGUGCGCGCCUACCUGCAGGUAGUAGCCGAGAGCGACAUCAUCACCAGUAACCAGUAUGACAACUUCCAGGUGCUGGAUGACACCAAAGGCAAUUCGGGGUUCAAGCAUGCUCACAGCCACCCCCAAAAUGAGGGGCGCUCCCAGGAGCACGGCAAGCGACUUUCCUCUGCCUCGCAGCACAGCCAUCCCAGCGGCGGCAGAAAGCUGAGGAAGCGGGAUGUGGACAGUAACCAUAGCAACAAUGACUGCUCCAAUGAGCCCAGCUGCGUGCUGUAAUCUGAUUGAAUCUGAAAAAUAAAAUAAAAUAAAGCACAUUAGAUUGCAAUGUAUGAUGCGUAUAAAAGCUACACUUUCCAAACAGUGCCAAAUCCACAAUCUCAUUCGCAUUAAAUGAUAACCUCGGCUUGCUGAGGGCUCUGUGCCGGGAAUGUGUAGCUUUCCUUUUUAAAUCAGUUUUGUUUUGUGUCUGACGUGCCCUUUUUCUAAAAUGACCAAUUUGAGUUCAUUUUACCUUGCAUGAAGUGGACACAAACCUGCACUUUCAAUCCAUUGAACAAAAAAACCCGCAAAAACAAAACAAACAAAAAAACAGACUUGCAUUCAGUAGAGUGCAAACAUGUGCCGACAGAACAUUUCACCAAUGAUGAAAAUCCAUGUUAGUUAGCAGACGUCUUGGUUCAUUGCGGAUUAAUGUAAAACAUUGUACAAGAACGGGGGGUGACAUUCUGAUGACACUGUUUAAAAAAAAACAGUGUAAUCACAGUAGGGUGGUGUGGGGGGGGGGGGGAAUGAAAAUUUCAAGGCAACAAAUCGAAAAAUUUGGACAAUUCAACAAAACAUUUUAAAUUGUGCAAGUGUUUUCCCCGCAUUUUGCAACAAAGAAAUAGUUUAAAGAACUAAUGUUUUUUUUUUUUAAACUCCGCUUGUUGUUGCUUUGUUGUGCUAGCAAACAAUGAUUUAUCAUUUAAAAGUUGUCCAACUUAAAUUAUUGUUUUAGCCCCUCCCCCAUUUUUUACAGUGUAUUCUGUGGACUGCUAUUCACUGUAUUUACAUUAACAUGUAACAAGUUUUUCCUUGCCUCUCGAAACAAUUUUUGAGGAAAAGCGUCAUCAAAACAACAUCUCGCAAAAUUCAUAGUUGGUACAGGCUAAACGUCCUCCUACCUGCCCAUUUUCUGUCCUCACAAAGGUUGCAGGUGAGCUGGAGCCCCUCCCAGCUGAAUUUUGAGCGUGAUGCAAAAUACAUCGCAAGCUACUUCUAGAAAAACAACCACUCGCGCUGAGGGAUAAUUUAAUCUCCAAUGCGUCUACUUUGUUGACCCAUCUGCCGCCCCACGAAAAAGUUUGGUGCUGUUAGUUUUGCAUAAUCCUGCGAACAAAGUCAACAAGCGAUAGUGAUUUGGCAGCAACGCAUUUGUUUACAUUUACUGUAACUACUGGAUCUCACCUACUAAAUAUAUACUGUACAUACAAAAUUAUGAAUGUGCUCUUUUGUUUAGGAGACUUUCUUAGAAAAAAAGGUACAAUAUUGGUAUAUUCAGCCUUGUAUUUUCAUAAUAAUGACAACGACAUUCUUCUAUUGCUCAUCAGCCAUGAAAAAAAGCCUCAAUCCUUUGGGCGGUAAGCCUCGAAACUACUUUGUAAAUAAUGACACUGUAUAACAUGAAGCGAAUGCAUGUUCGGUUGUUUUCUUAAAAGCCUUUUCAAAAAAAACAUACAAAGAUGGCGCAUUUGCUUUCCUCCCUCUCCAAAUAUUGUUUGGUUGUUAAAACUAUCUUGUUGUAUUUGAUCGCCUGCGUUACUUGUUUCAGUUGGAUUUUUUUCUUGUUGUUUUUAUUUCUCAGCUUUUCCAAAGGUGCUGUACAGACAGAUGAAUGACAUUUUGAGAUAACCUAUCUUAGUAUGUACCUGUCUGCCAACGGCCAAAAGAUUGGCUCACGAUUCUGAGCAGUUUGGGAACGUUGGUAACGGCUUAAGAGACUUCAUUUCAUCUCUGCCAUUUUUGUAACCACUAGUAAUAAUCUUAUUCGUGUACAUGCUUGAAUGGAGCCUGGUCAUCAGCCCACACAGGUCUCGACUUUGCUCCAAAGGGAUCCAACGAGACAGAGAAUAUUUUGCGACGAUGCGGAUGAGUAAGCGCGCAGCCUAUUUCGCCUCAAAGACCUUGUGGAAGGUUUUGCUCAACAACAGUCCCUGAAGAACACUCUUUUGGACUCUUUCCACCGGUUGUUAUGAUAUGAAGGCUAGUCCAGGAAAUAAGAAGGAACAUGUAAAAUUGCUAUGCGCACAGUUUGAGCUCAUGCUAACAUGUAUGCCUCACAGAAAAUAAAUAGCCUACAAACAUCAA